ACAGUUUUAUUUUUGUUGACUCAAUUAUAUUAAUAUUGAGAUUUUGUGCCAGGUUUUCAUUAGUAUUUUAUUAAAAAUAAAACAAAUAUGCCAGAUGUUUGUUGCGCAUUUGGUUGCAGCAACCGAAGAAGCACACAAAAUAAAGGUUUAAGUUUUUAUCGCAUACCUACAAUGGAAACAGAGCGAAAAUCUCAACUUAGAUUAAAAUGGAUUGCCGCAAUUAGACGAGAAAAAUGGUCAGAAACUGCAAUUAAGAGUGCUCGGAUAUGUAGUGCCCACUUUGUAACAGGAAAGAAAUCUAAUGAUCCCCUUCAUGUAAACUAUGUACCAUCAGUAUUUUCAUCCCAUAAAAUUGCUGAAAGGAGAUCAAAAGCAUCUGUUGAACGAUAUCGGCGAUGUCUUCAACGUGGUUCUAAUAAACAGAAAAAUAAUGUCACUAAUUAUAACACAAAGAAACCUGUCAAUGUAAAUAAUUGUGAAAAUGUAUUAUCCGAAUUAAGUUCAUCAGAAUUAACGUUUGAUUGCCAAGAACCGAACGAAAAAGGUUUAACUUCACUAUGAAAUUUUUUUAUCGAAUAAUUUUAUAUUUUUUCCUUUGUUCAAACUUAGGAAUUAAAUGAGGGGUCAUACCCUCUACGUCCCCGCAAACAUAGCCUGUGCUAUAUAAAUGAUUGUUUAUUGUGAGUUGAAUUGUUGUUACCAAGUACUUCUCAGUACCAAGUACUAUCUCAGGAAGAAGGAGGAGGGAGGUGCAAGGAUCUUUGAUCUUUUUAGUUAUAAGUUAGUUAUAAUUUAUUUUAGUUAUAAGUUAGUGCAAAAUGCCCCUUUUAUUUUUAUGGUAAUCAAACAUUUUAAACCCAUGAUAUAUCAUA